GCUCUCAUCCUCAUGGUGCAGGCUCACUUCAUCUUCUUCUCUGUGAAAAGUUCCUAACUCCGGAGUGAUGGAUUAUUUUGGAAGUUUCAGAAGUUUCAUUGCAACUUAAAUGUCGUUUUAACUUGAGAAAAAGGAAGCGCAGAGCGGUGUUUAUGAGGCCUCCUACGAGCUAAUCUCCCCCGACUGUCCCCAUCAGCAUUUUCCACAACCGGCGUAAAAAGACAUAAUAAACAAACUUUGAGUUGGAUUUUUAUGACUUUGGUCCAGCUGAAGAUCACACCUCUUCCUCUCCUCCUUUUGCUCCAUGUGCUGCUCACCAAAGCCUUAAUCGUCUCUAAUGACUUCUACCUUUUCUCAAACUUUUGCCAUCUGCCAUAGUUUUUUUUUUCCAGUCCAGCAUUUGUCUGCAGCUUUGUAGUUUGCAGUUUUCUUCUACUUUGUCCAUGUGCUCAUAACUAACACACUGCCCCUCAGUCCUGCGCCUCCUUCCCUUUUCCACUCCUUUCUCUCACUUCCUGUAAUGUCUAUAUCCAUGAGGAACCCACCCCAGCGCCGCCGAUCCCUGGGGCCCGUCUCACCCAAAAGAAUCUACCGGAACCUGUCCGUCAGACUGAGGGGCGCAGAGGCGGCGGACGCAGACGCAACAGAGAUGCGCAAACAUUCAAACAAGUCUGCAGACGCUUACAAGACCCUGUGGGAGGCUGUGGAAAAUGAGGACACUUUGGCCGUGCAGAGUCUGCUGUCCAGAGAGCUCCCUAACAGCGGAGGAGGAGGUGGAGGAGGUGGAGGAGGAGGAGGAAGCAUUUGGGAGAAGGCCAUUUGGGAGAAGGCGGUGAAGAGAGACAGGGAUUUGGAAAAGGAAAAGGAGCAAGGAGUGAACCGUGUCAGUGAUCAGGGUUUGGUCCCUCUGGAUGUAGCGGCUCUUACCCAUAAUUCACCUCUGCUCCAUGUGCUGACAAAGGCCGGAGCCCAUCAUAACCCGAUAUUGAUUCGUCCGGCGGAGUGGGCUCUGAAGCUGGACACCCUGGUGACGCUGGCGAGUAAACGAGUGGAGGAGAGGAAGAAGGAGCUGGUCCGGAGGGUGGUGGCCGGACCUCAGGCUCAGGCAGAUGUGCAGAGACAGAUCCGUCUGUGGAGUCUCAGGCUGCAGCUGUACUGUCGCAUGAGAGAGAACUUCAACAAGACAGUCGUCCCUGGUCCUCCGUCUCAUGUGUCUGUCCUGGUGACCAGCACAUCGUCUCUGCUCGUGGUCAUCAAAGAACCAGAAGGUCCAGGCUUUGGGCUGAUUACACGCUACAGAGUGGAAUGGAGCACCACAGAGACGUUCAAACGCAUCUGUGGCUCCGCCCAAGUGACAGAGACCAAAAACCCAACGUAUUCUAUUCAGGGCGUGACAGCGGGAGUACAUUACUUUGUCAGAGUCAGUGCCUACAAUGUAAAAGGUUGGGGUCCACCUCAAUGUUCUACUCCAGCCAGUGCUGCCCCCUCCAGUUGGCGAGAGUGCGUUGGCGUGAAAUCGCAGUUUCGGAAUCAUGAGGGCCUUGUGAGGAAGCUGCUGGAAGACGCCCGUGAACCACAGUACAGAGGAUACUGCAUAGACAGCUGUAAGCCUCAGAGUCCCAGCAAGCGCCUGUCUAUGUCCCGGGGCAUCAAACAGCUUUUCCAGUCGGCCACCAAGUUUGUCCGUCUCCUCCAGAGAGGCGUCUACCUGGCAGCCGUCUUCCACUACAAAGACAACAUCCUGGUGACGGCUGAAGAUCAGAUCCCUCUGGUGGAGAUCCAGUGCUGCUCCACCCCCAUCACGCAGGACUUUCUUUGGUUUGCCAAGUUAUCGUGUGCGUGGCAACAGGUUCCGUGGCUGCAGCAGUCCCUCGCCUCGGCUCAUUCGUCUUCCUCCUCUCUGCUUCAGAACAGGCACAACAUUUUAAAAGCAGUUUCACAGCUGCAGUCGUCUCUGGGAAUGAUGGACUUAGGUCAGGUUUACUAUGAGCCUCUGAAAGACCGACAGGGAAAUGUGUUACUGGUCACGCUCAAGGACUUCUCCAACCUCCCCAACCCCCCUGACCCGCCGCUCCACUGGACGCCCAUCGCUCGGCUGGAAAAGAACCGCAGCCGGACCCCCCUGCUGCCCGAGCCCACCGCCAUGGACAUGCUCUACGAACAGCUCAAGGAGAAGUUGUCCUAUCACCGUCACAGCACACAGUGGGCCCAGCCGGGUCUGUACGUGGGGAUCCUGAAGCUGUGCAGUUCUGUGGAGCAGAUCCGGGUGCUGGUGCCUCAGAGGCUGCCCAAUCUGCUCUGUCACACCAGGGUCCGACACAACGCCCACGUCACCAGGGACGAGUGGGCGUGGCUCCAGAGUCAUGUUUACACGACAGUCAACGGCAGCGUCCAGAACCUGCUGAGCGGAGACGACGACAACCUGAUGGAGAGCAGCCUGGUGGAGUUUGUCACAUCUCUGAGAGCGGCCAUCACACAUCUGCUGACGAAGCUCAACAUCCCCCUCUACAGGGCGUAUCAGUACGGAGUCUACACCCGGGAGCUCGUGCAGUUUGCAGAUAAACUCUCUUUACUGCUCCUCCUGCCUCCAAGUGAGGACUUCAGCUCCAGUUACUGGCCCCUCGUCGGGACCAAGGAACCGGGUCUGACGAUGCCCCUGCAGAUCUUUGAAAUCGUUCACUUCUGGACGUACGAGCGUGACUUCCUGUCCCACUACUGCCAGGCCUGGGUGAGGCUGGAGCUGGACACUCAUCUGGCCCAACAGGCUCUGAGGGAGGCUCUGGACACGAAGGAGGUGCAGGAGGCGCGAGAACGUCUCAACCGCAUCACCGAUCUAGCGCAUAGGCUGGAUGUGGUGUGGCGGGACGCGCGCUGGAUCAUGGACUGUCUUCAGUGCGUCCGGUCCAGGCAGUGGGUGGGGGCGGUGCCUUUGGGUUUGGUGAUGGGAGGAGACCCGCCCCCUCGUCCAGAAGGAGAAGAAGAGGAGGAGAGUCUGACGGGCAGACUGAUGUGGCCCAGACGAACGCCGCCUCAGAGAACGACGACAGAAAAUCUGAGUGUGACUCCUCCAAACGUGGUCUCAGCAGGGGUCCCCACUCCCACAGGGACCAUCACCUCCAUCCCAGAAGAGCCCCCCCUGGUGUUAAUGGAAGGAGUUGCAAAGGGAGGAUACCCCGUGGACAUCACCUCACCGUCCACCGUGGACCUGACCAGCCUGGACCAGCCCGAGUUAAUCUGCGCCAGCACUUUGAUCGAAGCAGGACUGGAACCUGCCGCCGCAGCUCAACUAGAAGUCGGUUACCCAGUUUUGAACGUGGAGGUGUCCCAGAGCGGAGAGCCGUACCCCUCGAGCAUCACAGAAGUCAUCCGGCCCAUGGAGAUGGCCGAGCUGGUGGAUAUUAUACCCACUCUGACUCUUAUCGAAGAGGAGAUCCCCAGUGACCCCUCCAGCCCCACCGUCAUGGACAUGCUGGAGAGUUUUGGGCUGGGGAUCAGUGAGAGUAAAACCAUUUUUAACUUAGAAACUCCGGCAUUGACGAGUGGAUCUGGGUUUGAGUCACAGUCCAGUAGCAGCUCUGUGAACAUUGAGAGCGCGGAGUUACAGAGCAGAGCUGAGUCUGAAGACGACAGAAGACCCAUUUUCACUGUAGGAUUUCCCUCUGAGGACGCAGACCGGCCGCUGCCCUCGGGGUUUCCGGUGCGGAGUCAGGUGGAGUGGGACAGACCGGCCGACAGCUCGUCCUGACAGAGCCACAGACGCAUCUACAACAAUCUACAAAUACCUUUUUUGGACAUAGUUUAGGUGAACUAUGCACAUGAGUAGAGCUGUGGUACCAAAAAGUAUUGUUCAUGUCAUCAGCUCGUUUUACCAAUGUUCAAAAAAGUACUUUUUAGAAUAAGAGUGAUAUUACUCCACCCAGGCCUUUCUGUGUGGAGUUUUUCAUGUUUCUCCUCGUGUCUGGAUGGGUUUCCUCUGGGUACUCCGGUUUCCCCCAUCAACCAAAACAUGAAUUGAAUAUUACAUAGUUUUUAUGUAUUACACUACAGUGAAACGAUUUAAAGUUUGUACCAAGAAAACUAAGCUAUAAAGUAAAUAUUAUAUAAGACUGUCCUUUACCAAACCAGGCUCGAUUUUCUACAUUAUGGGCAAAUGGAAGCCUAUUUAUAUUUAAGCACAAAUUAAGUGUGUCUUGUUGUCAGUUAACCGCUAAAAAAAACAAUAUAAUGAUACCAAAAAAGACUAUUUAUUUAUUUGGUUGAUUAAAUGAAGACGUCUGUUUCAAUCAGUCCAGGUCUGAUCCAGAGUAAAAGACAAAAGUUUAAUCUGUCACUGGACAAAUCGUAAAGUGAAGACGUUUCUCUGCUCGUCCAAGUCUCUUCUUCAGUUCUGGUCAGAUUCCUGCUGGACACUGUCUCUGUCUGAAGGAGGAGCUAACGACACUGAAACUGAAACAGUUUUUGUUUACAGUUUCAGUUUGUCGGCUCGGUCUGUUGAGCUCCGUGUGCACUGUGCCAUAAUGAGCAGAUUUAUACGACUCUUAAUAGGAGCUUUUCACAACAUUAGUCACCUGGGUCACUCUAUUGUUCUAUUUGUUUCCUUUGUUUGACUCAGGCACAGUGCUCACUUAGUGUAGCUCAACAGACCGAGCCAACAAACUGAAACUGUAAACAAAAGCUGUUUCAGUUUCAGUGUCGUUAGCUCCUCCUUCAGACAGAGGCAGUGUCCAGCAGGAAUCUGACCAGAACUGAAGAAGAAUCUGACCAGAACUGAAGAAGAAUCUGACCAGAGCUGAAGAAGAAUCUGACCAGAACUGAAGAAGAAUCUGACCAGAGCUGAAGAAGAAUCUGACCAGAACUGAAGAAGAAUCCGACCAGAACUGAAGAAGAGACUUGGACGAGCAGAGAAACGUCUUCACUCUGAAACCUUUUGUCCAGUGACAGAUUAAACUUUUGGCUUUUACUUUCUAAAUAAAGAUUUGGUCGAUAUAUUUUUAACGUUGGCUUUCACAGUUCACUUUUACAUUUUUGUAUUUCUCUGGUGAACAGGGUAUGUGUGUGAAAAGUGUUUUUGAUUUGAGAUGUUUUAGCACCAAAAAACACAUGAAAUGUGAGUAAAAGGUGAUGUCAUUAAACUAAAACAGUGUCUAGCAGAUUAGGUACCUCAAGUAUGUUUGUUUACAAAGAGUAAAAUCUAAACCACAACUU